AUGUCAGCAUCAGCGUCACGCGGACGAGGUCGCGGUAAACGAGUUAAUAGAACAGACAUAGGCCCACCAGAACCCUAUAGAUCUCAAUCGAUGGCUAUAAUACCUGAGAAAUUUCAUCAAGGAAAUAAAGAAAAUCAUAUUACAAAUCGUCCUCCAUCCUCAACAACUACAGCACCGUCAGGACGAAAAUCUUCAACAGAUCAUUGUAAAUCUACAUCUCGUUCUUCAACAAAUCGAGCUAAAUCUACACGUUCAUUCAGAAAUUCUAUUCGUUCAGCCGUACCCGAUACAUCAAUAAUGUCGAUAGCUCAACGACCAGAUCAAGGUGGAUUAGCCGGUCAAAAACUAAAAUUAUUUACGAACCAUUUUAAAUGUAAUAUCCCUCGAAUAUUAAAAUGUCAUCAAUAUGAUAUUGAAUUAGAAGCAGCUAAUCGAGAUGGUACAUGGCGUCCAGCAAAAAAAGAUGAUCGUUUUAUUGUAUUAAGAAAAAUAAUUGAACGUGAACAUUUUCCAUUAGUUUGGUAUGAUGAAGGAAAAAGUCUUUAUUCAAUUGAAUUACUUGUUGAUUUAAAAGAUCAAUAUGAAAUAACUAUAAAAGAUAAAAAAAGUGAUAGAGAACAAAAAUAUCGUUUAUUAAUAAUUAAUCUUGUUAAAUCAUAUGAUAUACAGACUCUUUGGGAUUUUAUUGCAAAUAAAAUAGCUAUUCGUCCUAGAGAUCCUAUAAGAAUUCUUGAAACACUUCUUAAACAAACAACUCGCGCAACGAUGGUUUCUGUUAAAAAUCAAUUUUAUGAUCGACAACAAGAAUUAGAUGAUUUAGGUGAUGGUCGAGGUUUAGCUCAUGGAUUUUAUCAAGCAAUGUUUUUAACCAAAGUUGGUGCAACAAUAAAUAUUAAUUCAACAUUUACAUGUUUUUAUCAACCAUUUAAUUUAGUUGAUUUUCUAUGUGAAUAUCUUCAACAUAAUAUAAUUCAAGAUGGUAUUGAUGAACGUGAACAACAAUUAUUAUUACGAAAAGUACUUAAACCUAUAUGGCUUGAAACUCAUCAUACAGACAGUGUAAGAAAAUAUCGUAUACGUGGUUUUGGUGCAUCAGCACGACAACAUACAUUUCCACGUAUCGUUGAUAAUGCUAAUGAAGAUAAUCAAGAACGACAAUCUGUUUAUGAAUAUUUCUUAGAAAAAUAUCAAAUCACUUUAAAAUAUCCAAAUUUACCAACAGUUGAGUUAUAUACACCACCAAAUAAAACACAAUUUCAUUAUUUACCAAUGGAAUGUUGUACAGUUCAAGCUUGGCAACGUUCAAUAAAACCUUUAACAACAGAUCAACGUGCACGAGUAACAAGAAAAACAGUUGUAAAUCCAACACAACGAUAUCAAUCAAUAAUGGAUAUAGUUAAACUAAGAAAUUUUAAUCAAGAUAAAUAUCUAAUUGAAAUUGGUAUGAGUAUUGAGGAUCAACAAAUGCUUACUGUACCUGCAAGAUUUAUUGCACCACCAGAAAUAAAAUAUAAAAGUGGACGUGAUGGACAAAGUGAUAUUGUUGAAAGAAUUAAUAUUGGAAAAUGGAAUUUGAGGAAUCGUUUUCAAAAAACAAAAACUAUUGAGCGAUGGGCAUGUGUUAUGAUUUCAUCACAAAAACCAAAUGCUAAUCAAUUGUCGAUUGCAAAACAAUUCAUUGAUCAAUUUCCUUAUAUAAUUAGACAAUAUGGAAUAUGUUUUCAAUCAAAUCCCAUAAUGAGUAGUGAUCCCGCUAAUCCACAGAUAAUACAUGAUCGUUUAAGAGAAUUAAAAGAAAAAAAUUGUGAAGUUGUUUUAUUUAUUCUUAAUGGUGUAGGAGAAGAUACUUAUAAAUUAAUUAAGUAUUUUGGAAAUCAAAAACUUGGAAUUGUUACACAAUGUACAGAUUUUGUUGCUAUUUCAAGAAAUAUUAGAAAUAAAAAACUCGAUAUGUAUUUACAAAAUCUUGUACAAAAAUUUAAUGCUAAACUUGGUGGUGUUAAUGGAAUGGUAUCUUUAGCUCGAGCAUUAACGUCAUCGUCAACAAAAGAUGAUAUAUUUAUGUUUUUUGGUGCUGAUGUAACACAUACAACAUGUUCGAGAGAUAAACCAUCAAUAGCAGCUGUUAUUGGUUCAGUUGAUUCUACAAGUACACAAUAUGCAUCACGUGUUGGUGAACAAUAUCCUGCACGAGGAAAAAUUUCAUUAGAAAUUAUCAAAGAUUUAUAUCAAAUGUCAACAGAUUUAUUAAAAUUAUUUGCACAAAGAAAUGGAUGUUUUCCUAAUAAAAUUGUAUUUUAUCGUGAUGGAGUCGAUGAUGGACAUUUUCAAAAAGUACUUGAUAAUGAAAUACGAGCUUUACAAAAUGCUUGCAAAGGCACUGUUGUUGAUACUGAUAUUGUUCAUCCACAAGGUUUUGAUUUCUAUUUAAAUAGUCAUGCAGCUAUUCAAGGAACAUCACGACCAAUUUUAUAUCAUGUUCUAUAUGAUGAAAUUGGUUUUUCAUCGGAUGAAAUACAAUCUUUAACAUAUUAUCUUUGUCAUUCGGAUGUUCGUUGUACAAAAGCUGUAUCAAUACCAGCACCUGUUCAUUAUGCACAUUUAGCUGCAUAUCAAUCGCGUGAUGCUGAUAGCUAUGAAAAUGAAAGAAGGAGUACGACAGGAGGAGAUCUUGAUGAUGAUGAUUUAAUAGAAAAUGUGGGCUCAAUAACAUUACAAGAAGUAGAAACAAGACUUAUUCAACUUGAUCCGUCUAUUCAAGAUACAAUGUGGUAUGUGUGA